AUGGAACGCUGGAAAGUUCCAGUCCCCGACGACAUAUUGGGUGCGGAGGAACCCAGCCCAUCAUCCGGCCGUCAGGAGGAACGGCCCACCGAACCCCGACCUCAGCCCGAGGAGCCAAUUGACGACUUAUUUUUUAACUAUGAUGACGAGGAUACUAACAACUCACCGGAUAACGACGCGAAUCAAAUAACACCUAACGAUGACACUAACUCGACCCAGCCAGAAGAGGGGCCUGCGCAGCCCCGUUAU